AUGAUCACUGAACCAUCACAGAGAUAUACAAGCGCACAAAAAAAUAAGGAACAAGUGAGCAAAAAAAAAAAAGAACAAAGUGCGUGUUUUGAGGUUGAAAAAUGGGUACAGACGACGGGUGAUGGGUCGCUUUCAUCAGAAGAAGUACAUCAAACAUGUGCACCUAAAGAGAAACAUGACAACUUUGUUCAAUUUAAACAACUCAGCAACAUUGCAUUGGUAUCGAAAUGGAUGAUUUUGGACGUUCUUGUUGAUGCCUAUGAUAAGUCAGAAUUUCUCAUCCGUUUGAAUCCAUUGUUUAAUGACCUUGGGCACUUUAAAAAUUUAAAAUAUAUUAAUCUAUGUUUGAGCGAUGACAAUCACAAUAUGCAAGUGGUGGAGCGAAAAACCCAUUUCGAAUAUCAUACCAUAUUCAAAUAUCUCUCCAAUAAUAGUCACCUCAACAUUGGAUAUGACUUUAUCGAAUUGCAAAAGCUAAAACAACUCUUCACCAAUUGCAGCGCAUUCAAUCAUAUUGAAUCUCUCAAAGUUGGUUUCGUCACAUGCACAUUGUACAAGGAUGAGGAGUAUGAGGUUGUGGGUUGUGGAAGUUGUUCUGAUUUGAUGAAUUUAGGUGGUGCCGAACGACAAGACAUUGGAAGAUUGGGAUCAACUAUGCAUCAAUGUGAAGAGAAUCAAUUUCAAAGAAUGGCAUCCUCGUUUACAUCGAUUUGA